AAACUACGAUAGUGCUUUAUGCUACGCUCAGAUCUUUACAAAGGCAGGACAUGAGAGGAUACAAUCUUGCAUGUUUUGUGUUGCUUGUUGGCAGCUGUUCCUCAGCUUCGCGUGGUCAGGAGGUGGGGGAAUCAGCUGAUUUGAUUGAAGCGGUGACUGAGUCUGAAACUGCAGAUUCUACCACUACAGAAGCUGCUGUAGUUAUCAUCAAUCAGAUCAAUGAUAUUAAUGAAGAUGGCAGCUAUACCGUAGGUUUUGAAGCAGCAGAUGGAACAUUUAAGAUGGAGACUAGAGAUACAGAAGGGAAUGUAGAGGGAAAAUAUGGAUUUUUGGAUGAAAGUGGGAAGAUUGUUGUUGUUGAGUAUUCCUCCAACAACAUUACUGGCUUCACAACAAACAACAGUCCAGCAGAACAGGAACUAUCUGAAGUACAAGAGGAUCCGGCCUUUGCUCAAGAGCGCGCCCGACACGCAGCUGUUAUUCAACAUCAGCGCAGGGUUGUUGAAGAGCAAAGAGAACUGGAGGAGAAGAAUAAAUUAGCGAUACAAAGACAAGCAUUCGCUAAUCAACAGGGACAAAGGCGUCCAGUUUUCAAUGCUGCACAGUUCAACCCUCGAGCUCCUCUUGCUGAACAAUUUGAUCAGAAAACUUUUAACCAGGACUUCCAACAGUUUACUUCCCAACAACAACAGCAGUUUGCUCCCCAACAACAACAGUUUGCUCCCCAACAGCAACAGUUUUCAUCCCAACAACAACAGUUUGCUACCCAACAACAACAGUUUUCUCCCCAACAGCAACAGUUUUCAUCCCAACAACAACAGUUUGCUACCCAACAACAACAGUUUGCUCCCCAACAGCAGCAGUUUUCACCCCAACCAACCCAGUUUUCGCCCCAACAACAGCAGUUUGCUCCCCAACAACAGUUUGCUCCCCAACAACAGUUUGCUCCUCAACAGCAACAGUUUUCACCCCAACAACAACAGUUUGUUCCCCAACAACAACAACAGUUCACAUCUUUACAGCAACAACAAGCAGUUCAAUUUAGCUCUGAACCAGCUCCUCUGUUCCAACCUCAGCAACAGUUGUCAGAAGUUCCUAUUAAUCAGCUGACUGCUGAACAGAUUGCUCUGGAAGGGUUCUCUAGAGAUGAUGAUCAAGAUGGAGAGAUUGAUCCUCUUCCGGCUCAUCUACUCCAGCAGCAACAACAGUUUCAGCAGCAACCACAACAAUUACAGCAACCACAGCAGUUUCAGCAACCACAUCAGUUUCAGCAGCAACCACAACAGUUCCUGCAGCAACCACAACAGUUUCAGCAACCACAACAACAGUUCCGAGAUCAACAGCAGUUACAAGACCAGACCCAACAACAAUUCCAGCAACAGUCGUUCCAAAUUCUCCAACAACAACAGCAACAGUUCUUCCAAGAACAACAACAAGCUUUACAACAGCAAGCAGCCCAACCUACACAACAGUUCCGAACUCCCCAGCCUGUUGGACCAUUCCCUGUUGGCGAGGAACCAAACCAAGGAUCUCCGGAGAUAUCAGAGGAUCAGUUAAACCAGCUCCUCCGUCAGCAGGGAUAAGAGGAUCAGUUAAACCAGCUCCUGAGCCAGCAAGGAUAACUUGAUAAGAAGAUUAGUUAAGCCAGCUCUUGAACCAGCAGGGAUAAUUAUUAUUCUUUUAAUCUGGAUUUUGAAUUAAUACUGCUUAAAGGGUGUGUUCAUGAUUUUGAAAAGAGGGAUAAAGGACAUAUUUAUCAUAAUGAAAGAAUGCAUUUAAAAAUAGAAAUCUUAUUUUUUUUCGUCUUUGAUCUUUAAAUUUAUUUUGUGACUUUCAGUCGUCAACCUACUUUAAGAUUUAUGAUUCUUGAAACAAUGACCUAAAAUUCCUCUAAGUCCGAAUUUUCCAAUCAGUACUUUAUGCAAACAUAUGACGUCUUCUCUUAUUCACGGUAAAACACGACCCCUCUCGACGAAACCAAAUUAUGUGCUGACACCUUGGGGUGAAAUAUGGUGGACAAACACAUUAGAGUACGGAGGCAUACAACGUACGUCAUAAAUACGCCCAUUAAUUUGGGAAAAUUCGGGCUCAGAGCCCGCAUCUUGCCAUCCGUACUUUUUUCAAACACAUGACGUCUCCCCUUACUCAUGUUUUAAAUACAAAGGAAUUGUUUAACAGUGUACUGUCUAAAUGCGAUCUUCCAUGACAUUUAAUGUCCUACAAUAAACUGCAACAUGGCGCAACCCCUAUAUACGAAAACAAAUAGAAAUACACUGGGAAUAAAUUUUCAGGGAUACUUUUGGUUGACGACUUGGAAAAAAUGUUAAAUUCUCAAGAAACAGCAUCAGAUUAUCUAGUUUUCGUAAAAUAAAACGACAAAUACUA